AUAGUAAGGUAACUAAAGAUAGACCUGCCCAGGGUUUCCAUUUUUCUAUCUCACUCUUUCUUUCUUCACUAUUCCUUUCUCCUUCUCUCAUUAUUUGCUCUUUCAGAUUGGUACCCCCAACCCUUUUAUAAACCACACACUACUAAAAAAGUGGUUUAUUAUAUUUGCUCACCAAGAUUGGAACAGUUUCCACUUCAUUCUCUACUACUGAGUGAGUGUAAGAGAGAUAUGGGAAGGGGAAAAGUAGAACUGAAGAGGAUAGAGAACAAAAUAAACAGGCAGGUCACUUUUGCUAAGAGGAGAAAUGGGCUUCUCAAGAAGGCUUAUGAACUUUCUGUUCUUUGUGAUGCUGAAGUUGCUCUCAUCAUCUUCUCCAAUCGUGGAAAACUCUAUGAGUUUUGCAGCAGUUCUAGCAUGAUGAAGACCCUUGAAAGGUACCAACGUUGCAGCUAUGCUCAUUUGGAGGCCAACCAGCCAGCCAGUGACACUCAGAACAAUUACCAUGAAUAUCUAAGGCUAAAAGCUAGGGUUGAGCUCCUUCAACGAUCCCAAAGAAAUCUUCUUGGGGAAGAUCUGGGUCCAUUGAGCACAAAGGAGCUCGAGCAACUUGAGCAUCAAUUGGAGGCUUCCUUAAAGCAAAUCCGGUCAAGGAAGACCCAAUCUAUGCUGGAUCAGCUAGCUGAGCUUCAACAAAGGGAGCAAAUGCUGGCAGAGUCCAAUAAACUCCUUAGAAGGAAGUUGGAGGAAAAUGUGGCCGGAAUACCUCUCCGAUUGUCAUGGGAAGAUGGGAAUCAAGCAAUUCAACAAAACCGCCAGCUUCCACCACAGUCCGAGGGGUUCUUUCAGCCUUUGGGGCUGAACAUAUCUGGACAAAUUGGAUACAACUCUGUUGGCACAGAUGAGGUAAACGUUGCAGCCUCAGCUCACAACAUAAAUGGAUUCUUUCCAGGGUGGAUGCUGUGAUGAUAAGAUGUUGAAAACUUGGAAUAAUUCAGGCCACCUUAAUUGCAUUAUAUUUCCCUAACUGGAAGGAUUAUUAUUAAAUUUAGUACUACAAUGAUGUCUUGGUGUGUGCUUGCUUGCUAUUUUUGUUGUUGUACGUGGUCUGUCAUGUGUAUAGCUACUUGUAAUUAUUGUUAUUGUUAUUGUUAUUUUUGGGGACAAUAAGUCUGCAUAAGUUGGCAAUAACAUAACUGUAUUUUAUAUAUGUAACCUGUCUAAGCUCGGGAGAAAAUAUUAUUAUAUGUAA